AUGCCUCCAACAGAUCGACACCCAAUCAUCAUGGCGGCAAUGGGAACUGGAUUGGCGCCGUUCCGCGCUUUCAUUCAACACCGUGCAUAUCUCAAACGGUCUGGCAAGGAAAUCGGACCAGUUGUUUUGUACUUUGGCUGCCGCUAUUCAAAGAAGGACUAUUUAUAUGGUGAUGAGCUCGCUGCGUUCUCUGCUGAGGGAGUGUUGACUGACCUGAAGGUUGCGUUUUCUCGAGAUCAAAAAGAAAAAUUCUACGUCCAACAUCACAUCGAUCGGGAUCCAGAGCUUCUCUACAAACGACUUAUCACUCAACAAGGCUUCUUCUACCUCUGUGGUUCGGCGAAACAAGUUCCUAUUGAUAUUCGUGCGGCUGUCGUAAAGGCCAUCGUCGAAAUUUCUAAUACGACAGAAGAGAUGGCUUCUGAUCUCGUUAAUCAAAUGCAAAUCAAAGGGCAAUACAACGUUGAAGCCUGGUAA